AUGUUUGGAAACUUCCCGCUCAGCCAAAAGAUCAUCCUGGUUACCGGUGGUGGUUCGGGAAUCAGUUUAGAAUUUGUCCGCUUAGCACAUGAUAGCGGUGCGAAAGUGUUGAUAGCAGACAUACAGCUGACUCAAGAAGCCGAGCGGCUUGUUGCCGCAAAGGAUGAUGUGCAUUUCCAGCACUGCGAUGUCCGCAAAUGGGACGACCUUCAUGCGCUCAUCAAAAGGUCGAAGGAGAUUUGGAAUACCGUCCCGGAUGUUUACAUUGCCGGAGCAGGAAUAUUUGAGCCGAAAUGGUCGAGUUUCUGGGACGAUAGCGAGCAGGAUGGUUACAGAUCCACGGCGAUAAACGUUGACCACCCGAUAAAACUGACCAGAAUCGCCAUCAGAGCACUGUUAGGCGCGGGAAAGAAAGGAGUCGUCUGUAUUAUCGGUUCCCUCGCUGGGGUGAUGGGAACGUAUGCUUGCCCCUUGUAUUGUGCGACGAAGCAUGCCGUUGUGGGCUUUGUUAAAUCCAUGGCAGCUUGCGAUUUAUUGGAAGGUGUCAAGGUCACAACCAUUUGCCCUUGUGCUGUCAAGACACCUCUAUGGACUGACCAUCCAGAGAAGAUGACUCAGUUUGGAUUCGACCAAGCAGAGACGGUCCCAGUGAGAGAAGUCGCGAGAGCAAUACAACGACUUGUCGAAGAUGACAAAUAUAGUGGUGGAACGGUCCUCGAAAUCACAGCUAACGGGACCAGGGUCAUACCGGAAUGGGGUGUUUCACCCCCUCGUACGAAACUGACUGGCGUAUCUGGAAAGGAGAUCGAUCAGAACAUUGGUCCAGUAAUAAAGCUGUUGGAAAUGGAACGUAUGCGGUCGUCUUUGUCUACUAGCGAAUCCUAG